AUGCAGAAGAGUUUAAUAUUUCUCUUUUUUCUUCCUUCUAUCUCCAGUGAUCCUAAUCAACCAGUUCCACAAGAUACCAAGUUCAUUCACACAAAAUCCAACCGCUUUGAGGAAGUGGCCUGGUCCAAGUACAAUCCCAAAGACCAAUUGUAUCUGCAUAUUGGGCUGAAACCCAGAGUGAGGGAUCAUUACCGAGCAACAAAAGUGGCUUUCUGGUUGGAACUUGUUCCUCAUUUGCACAAUUUGAAUGAGAUAUUUCAGUAUGUUUCAACAACUACAAAAGUUCCUGUACCAGAUAUGACUUCAUUUCCCUAUGGUACCCAGAGAUCACCUGCCAAGACAUGGCCAAGAACUAAACACCCAGCUAUUACUCCUGCUAGGAAUCCCAAACACUCUAAGAACCCUCAAAACACAGGGCCUGAGGACACCACUAUACUCAUUGAAACAAAACGGAAUUAUUCCACUGAAUUAAGUGUUACCAUUGCUGUGGGGGCAUCCCUCCUCUUCCUCAAUAUUUUAGCUUUUGCAGCCCUGUACUACAAAAAGGACAAGAGACACCAUGAAACCCAUAGGCACCACAGUCCCCAAAGAAAUACCACAAAUGAUGUUGCUCACAUCCAGAAUGAAGAGAUCAUGUCUCUGCAGAUGAAGCAGCUCAAACACGAUCAUGAGUGUGAGUCUCUACAGGCUCAUGACACACUGAGGCUCACCUGCCCACCAGACUACACGCUCACUCUGCGUAGGUCCCCAGAUGACAUCCCACUCAUGACACCAAAUACCAUCACCAUGAUUCCAAAUACACUGACAGAGAUGCAGACAUUGCACACAUUCAACAUUUUCAGAGGAGGACAAAACAGUACAAAUCUACCCCAUGGACAUUCAACCACUAGAGUAUAA